AUGUGGUCCUUUGAAACUAAAGAUACUGAGGAUGCUAGUGAAACUGACCUGGCAAAACAUGAGGAAGAGGACUUUGUGGAAAUGAAAGAACAGAUGUAUCAGGACAAACUGGCAUCUCUUAAGAGGCAAUUACAGCAAUUGCAGGAAGGUACUCUUCAGGAAUAUCAGAAAAGAAUGAAAAAACUGGACCAGCAGUACAAAGAGAGGAUACGGAAUGCAGAACUUUUCCUCCAGCUGGAAACUGAUCAGGUGGAGAAGAAUUAUGUCAAGGAAAAGAAGGCUGCCGCAAAGGAGUUUGAAGAUAAGAAAAUUGAGCUUAAAGAAAAUCUGAUUGCAGAGUUGGAGGAGAAAAAGAAGAUGAUUGAGAAUGAAAAGCUAACCAUGGAAUUAACAGGAGAUUCUAUGGAAGUGAAACCUAUCAUGACAAGGAAACUGAGGCGGCGACCAAAUGAUCCAGUUCCUAUCCCAGACAAGAGGAGGAAACCUGCCCCUGCUCAGCUAAAUUAUUUGUUGACUGAUGAGCAAAUAAUGGAGGACCUGAGAACUCUGAACAAGCUUAAAUCGCCCAAGAGACCAGCCUCUCCCUCCUCUCCUGAACACCUCCCAGCUACACCAGCAGAGUCUCCAGCACAGCGGUUUGAAGCCCGGAUAGAAGACGGAAAACUAUACUAUGAUAAAAGAUGGUACCACAAGAGCCAGGCUAUUUACCUGGAGUCUAAAGAGAACACUAAGAUCAGCUGUGUGAUCAGUUCUGUGGGCGCCAAUGAGAUCUGGGUGAGAAAAACCAGUGACAGCACAAAGAUGAGAAUCUAUCUGGGACAGCUGCAGCGAGGUGUUUUUGUGAUUCGUCGACGAUCAGCUGCAUGACUGUAUGCUCUUCCUUGGUCUUUCCCCCUUCCCCCCUCCCCCCCCUUUUUUUUCUUUUUAGCAGGUAGACAAACCUCUAAUGGGGAAUGGCAGUCUGUUCGCUCUCAUCUUAGCAGCAGAGAACACUGUCGGGACCUCUUACGAGACAGUUUGUGGCUGGCCACAUCACCCCUAGUAGUCCUUAAAUCUUUAGUGAUACCCAAGCACUGCCCUGGACUGUUUCUGGACUUUACAUCAGGCUUCUCUAUGCUUUCUUUAUAUUUCGGGAGACUAUUUAAGAAGACUUUGCAUCAGACUUUUCAUCGUCAUUUCAUGAUGCAUAGAUGGGACUUGUAUGUUGAAAACAACGUAACAUUUAUGUUUUAAAUCAGACUAACGGAAGAAAACUUUGCUUGUCAAGACCUGAGGUUGGUUGUUCUUUUUGUUUUUGUUUUCCUGCAAAGCUCAGGAUGGUGGGCAAAAGGAAAUUAAUCCUGCCAGCUUUCGGCUGCAGCUGAGAGAUGAGUCGGUAACAUCUGGUAUGCAGCAUCAGCUUUAUUGGAUGAACUGUUUAAAGACUUGAGCACUGAGGCUUUUUUAGGAAAAUAUGAACAGUUUAGGAACUGCUGAAAAUCCUGUUGAUUUUAAUGUUGUUAAACAGUCACACUUGGCUAAUCCAAAGCUUCCUUUUCUCUUCAUAUUAAAAAACCCUUCAAUGAGCAAGCAAAGAGUAUGUCUAUACUGCUGCAAUGAAUUUCUUGAAAUGGGCAGAUAUCUUGAUAGGUAUAAACCAAAUGAUUAAUUAACUGGACUUUGCACUAGGGAGCGAGACUAUAUGAAUUUAUAUAUAUACAUAUAUACAUAUAUAUAUAUAUAUAUGUAUGUAUAAAAUAUAAGUGAGUGUACCACCCAUAUGUGGAGUGAUGAAAGGUGAAUUUCAGUUUCUUUACUGAUGUCUCGAGAGUAAUGGGUCAUGCUGGAAUGACACUGACAUAAGAUACUGGAUCUAUCAUGUCUUCCAAAGAAGCUUGAUUCAGAGUGGAAAGCUGCAUUGACAUGCUCUUGGUGUACAUUGGAAACCUUAAUUCCCUAAGAUGUCAUAUAAAGGUCUCUCUUUGAAGGGUGUUUUAAUUGCAGGAGAGAAUGCUGAGUUUCUACACUCUCCCUCCAAUAGCACAGGAGUUAAAAUGUUCGAGUGAUGGUAUCGGGCUAUUCCCUUCCAAGAUAUUUAAAGAUCUUUGGACCCUAGCAUUCCUUUAUUCCCGGUCUUUUGCUAAUGGUGGAAACCACCAAUACUGUGCGUGACCCCAUUGACAUGAACUCCACGACACUGGCAGCACUGUCAGAUCUUUGCCUUGUGUGCAAAUGGACUUUGUGCUCCUUUCGAUUACUGGGCAAAGAGUUGUAAUUUCUGCCUUUAUUAAUAUCUGUGUGAGGCAUCCUUUGUUUUCGUUUUUGAACUGCCUUCUCAUUCAGCAUCAGCCUUUCUUUCUUAUCUGGAUAAAUGGAAUAUUUUAAAUGAC